UGGAGUACACAAGUACACUGGACAAAUUACAUGUACUAAUAUGUGGUUCGUUUUUCUUUUUCUUGUGAUUGAAUCUACGCAAGCAAAUGAUCCUACAGACUACGCCUCAUCACUGGUGUUUGACGGCCUUUAUUACCUGAAUCAUAACCCAGACGUGGUCAGUCUAGGCAUCCACACUCUGGAGAAGGCAAGGAACCAUUGGCUCACCAAGGGGAUUGACGAGGGGCGGCAGGCCAUAGGGAGUUUUCAUGUUAAACAGUACUUGAGAAGAUACAUCGAUCUAGCCAAUGCAUUUGGAACAAAAUAUCGUCAAGCAAUCCAUCAUUACAUUAACCACACCAGUACAGAACACCGUGUUGGUUACAUAGAAGGGGGAUAUGGGGGAACUUGGACCAUUUCUGCUCAUGGAGUUUAUAUUGGCGCCUCUGCUAGAAUGGGAGGAGCUAUCGACAGUUUAACGUGGAAUAAUCGAGAGCUGGUGAAUUCAUUCGACCACGGUCGAGAAUUGCAAAUGGCCUGCAACAGCAAUACGUAUGCUGAAUGUUACAAUCCCACUGAAGCGGGUGGCCGAGACGAUUCUCAUUCUGAACAUACCAAAACAUCCAUCCAAUGGGUUAGGGCGCAUGGUAACAUACUAGAAUCCGAGGUACACCCAGCUUUCUGGUUGCGUCCCGGAGACCACGAAACCCAGCAAUUGACAAUACAUGGCUGCACGCGAGGUUCACCAGCAUUGAACCAUCAAAUGACAUACAGAUAUCCCUUCCAUAAAAAAGUUACCAUUGGUACCCAUGGGAUCGAUAAUUGCAUCGAAUACAUAUCCAAUUUUACAAUCGGGGGAGACUGGCCCGCUGAUUUAAAAUUCAUUCAAAUGGAAGCCCCAGCGGGGUAUAUGGCUGGAGAUUUCAAUCAGAUUUACUAUUUCAAUCCCAAAACCGUUACCAUGGAGAUACAAAAAACUGACAACCAUCCGGUAGUUCUAUCCACACAUGACAACCAGUACGCUGUAGGAGUUUAUACAUCACCCGAUCAAGACAGCGAUAUUCCAGUUAAAUAUGGCGCCCAUGUAUUUCAAAUUGGAACCUUUGAUAAUAACACGGGAAAAUGGAAUGUCGUUUUCAGAAAGUAUCGAACCCAUGGUAACCAACCAGUCCAAUAUGUGUACAAGACAUAUAUUUGUGUUGGGUCAUUGGGGAUGGUCUCGAACUGUCUACACAAAAUUACGCAAAGGAUAUGAUACUUUAUAUUACAUUAUUUGUUCAAUGCCAUAAUUAAAGU